AUCUUCGAUUUUAUGUUGAUAAUUUCCUUAAAAAUGUACAAUUUUUAAAGAUAUGAUGCCAUGCAGUCGUUUUGUUGUAAUAAUGUGAAGUAAAUGUUGUGUAAACGAUGAUUAUCGAAUUUCAAAAUAUACAUGACGGCAGAUUGUGUCACGACACCUAUAUCACAAGAACCGAUGUGAAAGAUUGUCACCGAAUUUCUAUAAUUCCAGAACGCAAUGGGACGUUACUCUCACGAACCGGUAAAUGGCACUAAAUCGUGCAAAGCACGAGGCUCUAACCUACGAGUGCAUUUCAAGAAUACACAUGAAACAGCACGUGCUAUCAAGAAUAUGCAUCUGCGUAGGGCGCAGAAAUACCUGAAAAAUGUAAUUGAACACAAAGAAUGUGUACCAUUCCGUAGAUUUAACGGUGGUGUUGGAAGGUGUGCUCAGGCAAAACAAUUCGGUACCACACAAGGUCGAUGGCCGAAAAAAUCAGCAGAAUUUUUGUUACAAUUGUUAAAAAAUGCCGAAAGUAAUGCUGAUGUGGAUGGAUUAGAUCUUGAUCGUCUUGUAAUUAAUCAUAUUCAAGUAAAUCAUGCCCCUUGUAUACGUAGAAGAACAUACAGAGCACACGGUCGCAUUAACCCCUACAUGAGUUCACCAUGCCACAUUGAGGUAAUUUUGACAGAGGAAGAAGAUACAGUAGAAAAAAGUCCAGAAGAAGAGCCAUCAAAAAAGAAACUUAGUAAGAAGAAGCUUGCCAGGCAAAAGGAGAAAAUGAUGAGAGAAUAAUUUUAAAUACUAGCUGAAUAUUGAAUGUACUAUGAAAAAUGAAAAUUACACUGUUCUCUAAUUUUCUUA